GCCACCUCACCUCCCAUCGGAGAACCCACACGGGCGAGAAGCCCUACAAGUGCGCCGUGUGUGGGAAGAUGUUCAGCGACAGUGGAGCGUGCACUAAGCACCAGAGAAUCCACACCGGGGAGAAGCCCUACAAGUGCAUGGAGUGUGGGAAGACCUUCAUUAGCAGCAAUUCCCUUGCAUUGCAUGAAAGAAUUCACACGGGAGAGAAGCCUUACAAGUGCACAGAGUGCGGGAAGAGCUUCAACCGGAGCGGGACACUCACGUCCCAUCAGAGGAGGCACACGGGAGAGAAGCCCUACACCUGCGUGGAGUGCGGGAGGAGCUUCAGCGACAGCGGGACCUGGGUGAGGCAUCAACGGACCCACACCGGGGAGAAACCCUACACCUGCACAGAGUGCGGGAAGGGAUUCAGCCAGUACGGUGCAUGCACCAUCCACAAAAGGAUCCACACGGGGGAGAAGCCGUAUCAAUGUGCAGAGUGCGGGAAGACCUUCAGCCGUCGGGGUGCAUGCACUAAACAUCAACGAACCCAUGCGGGUUGCGGAGUGUUGGAAAAGCAUCUCCCUUCUGCCCAAGAAGCCGUUUAGUGGAGAAAUCACACUCCAACAUAUGGACGUUGGAAGCCACUUCACUGUUGACAGCUUUUAGAUUGCACAUUGAAGUAUCUACACUGAUGUUAAUUGUGGGAUGCUGGUACAUGAAGUGAUUUAUAGUUUCCAAAUCAAGACCUCUCUGAACCGUUGCAAGCUGGAUAGCAAGCGAAACACAGCAGAGUCCUUUCACAGCAAAAACAUGCUUCAACCCAUCUAUCAGCAGAGUCCAACUGCCAGCAUCUGACCUUAUGUACACACUGUUUAGUAAACUCAUGGAUUCAGGUUUUAAUGGAUUAGAUGAGUCUACACUGCCAUAUAAUCCAGUUCAAAGCAGAUAAUCUGGAUUUUAUAUGGACCUAAAGGAUUGAGCGGCGCUCCAUGCAGUCAUGCCAGUGGCCACAUGACCUUGGGGGUGUCUACAGACAACGCUGGCUCUUCGGCUUAGAAAUGGAGAUGAGCACCACACCCCAGAGUCAGACAUGGCUGGACUCAAUGUCAGGGGACUACUUUUACCUUUACCUAAAGGAUUGAGCCUAAGUCUCCCCAGAAGAGAGCUUGUUCUCCCAAGAAACCAUUUGGAAGUGACUUUAUAUGGAAAGAGUUGCAUUGUUUUAAUCGAUUUGUUCCAAAUUCUUCUUAACGCUAUCAGUUGUUUCAUAGCCUCAUGCCUGUUUUUAACUCUUAUGUUUUAAUCUGUACCAGUUUUUAAAAGUGGGUAAAUUCAAA